AUGGCUUCUUCUGGCACUGGCAGCUGGGCGCAGCUGCGACAACAGGCUCGCUCACUCGAGACUCAGGUAGUUACCACCACUUCACCUGUCUUCAAUAAGCUAACACUUCCUAGNACAGAUGCCUUGUUCCACACCUAUUCCCAAUAUGCAUCUAUGAGCAACAUUCCCGCCAAACCCGACGAAGAUGAACAACGAACAGAAGCCCAGCUGCAGGACAUACUCGAGAGGGUAAAUCAGUUCUGCAUCAGCCGUAUCCACUCAAAUAAACUGAUGCCUAACAGNCGUUCAGCCCUCAUCUCCCAACUCUCGCGCCUGCUCGACUCUGAACCUACCGCCUCCGCCUUGAAAUCUACGAAUCUUGCCCGCCAUCGCGAAAUUCUACAACAACACCACAGAGAGCUUGACAGGCUCAAGUCAAACAUCGGCCACCAACGAGAUCGCGCCAACCUCCUCUCCAACGUUCGGAAUGACAUCAAUGCCUACCGUGCGCAGAACCCUGAGCAAGCAGAGGCAGAUUACAUGCUAGACGAGCGAAGUCGCAUAGACAACAGUCACAACAUGACGGAUACCGUCCUCACACAGGCGUAUGCCAUCAACGAGCAGUUUGGCAUCCAGAGAGAAACACUUAUUAGCAUCAACCGUCGCAUAGUCGGAGCGGCCAGCCAAGUGCCUGGCAUCAACAGCCUGAUUGGCAGAAUAGGCAACAAGAAGAGACGAGAUGGUAUAAUAAUGGGCAGCUUCAUUGCCUUCUGCUUCUUGAUGUUCAUGUACUUUUCCUAG